GAAAGUGGUGCCAUCGUCCACCAUCGCAGAUCUGGGCUCUAACAGUCUGCAAUUUAAUCCGCCUCCUGCGCAGCUUCUUUUGCCUCCCCUCUCCACUGCAGCUACGACAGCACCAACAGUACCUACCUCCUCCUGCAGUCGAACCCCAUCUUUGUCCUGUUGUUGCACGCAGGCAGAAUGAACUCUUCCGCCGUUCUGACGCCAAUGGCGCAGGACACCUACUGGGGCUCAUUCGAGGAGAUCUCCAAAUACAAUGUCUCACUCAACUACUUCGAGAAGAUGUGGCUGGCUUGGUACACAUGGAUGGGCAACGAUGUUUUGGCCACCGGCAUCAUGUCUUUCGUGAUGCAUGAGGCUCUCUACUUCGGGCGAUCGCUGCCAUGGAUUAUUGUCGAUAUGCUCCCCAUGUUCAAGAAGUAUAAGAUUCAGGGUAACAAGAUCCCCACCGCUUGGGAGCAAACACAAUGCGCACUCCUCGUCCUCCUGUCCCACUUCACCGUCGAGCUUCCCCAGAUCUGGCUGUUCCACCCCAUGUGCCAGUACUUCGGUCUCACGGCCAGCGUUCCGUUCCCUCCUCUGUACAAGAUGGCCUACCAGAUCGCCAUCUUCUUUGUAAUGGAGGACGCAUGGCACUACUGGGCCCAUCGCACGAUGCACGCCAGCUCUUUCCUCUACAGGAAUAUCCACAAGAUUCACCACCAGUACUCCGCUCCCUUCGGUAUUGCUGCUGAGUACGCCUCCCCUAUCGAAGUCAUGAUUCUGGGUUUCGGUACCGUCGGUUGCCCCAUUGUCUGGUGCGCGAUCACCAAGGAUCUCCACAUCCUGACCAUGUACUUCUGGAUCGUCCUCCGCGUGUUCCAGGCCGUCGAUGCGCACAGCGGUUACGAGUUCCCUUGGUCUCUGCACCACUUCCUCCCCUUCUGGGCUGGCGCUGAGCACCACGAUGUGCACCACGAGAAGUUCAUGGGCAACUACGCCAGCAGCUUCAGGUGGUGGGACUUCUGCCUUGAUACCGAGGCUGGUGCUGAGGCUUCUAAGGCCAGGCGUGAGAAGAAGCUGGCCAAGGCGAAGCUUCAGGCCAGGAAGGCUCAGUAGUCGAUGACUCGAUGAGAUGAGAGAUGAGGCUGUGUUUAUAUGCUGAGGAUGAUUUCAGGAUGGUUUUAGCCAUCUCUUGGCAAGAGCUGCCACGUUUUUGAGCGACCAUCUGCGGUUGACAUAGGAAUGGCGUUUUGGUUGCAUAUGCCGCUGGUGGCAACGCUAGAGAAAGCGGGCCUUUACAAUGGCAGUUGUGAAUGUUUGAGAGGACAGUAUCCUAUAGAAUUUACCUAUAUCUAAUAUUCAUACGAUCGUUACACCUUCAAUAACAGCAAUGCCUCCG